AUGAGGCCCGCCGCGUUUGACGGGAUACACCUUGCACCCCGGUUCGGAGCACCGGCGUCAUCCCAGCCCAACACUACCGCACGCCGACUACUACCGUUACCACUGAUGGGGCUUCAGCGUCCAUCGGGGGGAGCCACCACCACCCAUGUGUCCGUCUUGGUACUCCGGGCCAUCGGAGAUCUCCCCUCAAUCAUCUGGGAGGUCCUGGCCGCCAUCAUCUGGGAAGGGUGGGUCACCAUCACCAACCAGCUCCGCCUCCUAGUGGCCACCUACCCUCUGAUGGUCAUUCUCUACUUGUCCACCAGCGGCUUGGACCUCACCACCCUCAUCGCCACCUGCUGCUCCGCCUACCUGUACAUCUCAUUUCUCUACACCUUCCGUCUCAGGGACCGUCUUCCGUGGGCCUGCCUCGCCGCGGCCUUCAUCUGGUUCGACGGCCCGGACAGGCAGCUUAUGCGCCGUGCCGCCGUCGCUGUCUUCAUGCUGGCGCGGGACGACGACUGGCGCGCGGUGAUGGACAAGAGGUUGCGGAGGCAGACGCUGCCCUGGCAGGAUGGUACCGGCACCGCGUGCCCCAUGACUUUGGCUUGCGGACUUCCAUCAGGGCUCUGGACGUGCUGGUCCUACCGCUCCUCGGGUUGA